UAACGUUAGUUUUUAGUUUUACAUAUUUUAUUGCAUUGGGUAGUUUUAAGAUUUAGUUAUAGAUAACUGACUGUCAUUUCUACUGUUGUGUGGUUAGCGCUCCCGGCUACAACCGGCAUUGUUUAAACAAAUUACAUUAAAAUGAAUACAGUGAGUUCAACGCCAUCGUUCACAACAAAAUUUCGUCUCUGCGGUGUGACGUUAAGAUGGAGAUGGCGACAAAAGAUGUGUGCUCGAAAGAAGACUCAGUGAAUACAGAUCCUUUUGAAACUGUGCUCCUGAUCAUAAAAGAGGAGGUGAAGAGUGAAGAGAAAGAGGAUGGAGAGUGGGUGCCUUCCCAUUUUGAAAAGUCGCUGGUUCCAUCCAAUAGAUCGGCAGGAGCAAAGGUGGUGGUGUUGGAGGAAGGAGAGGUGGCGUCUGACAACAGUCUAGAGUGGGGGCAGCUGGGAGCGGCAGACACUCAAACAGAAUAUGAAAUAAGUAAUGAAUAUCCUAGCUCGGAGGAAGAUGUGAUUGCAGAGGAUUAUAACUUUACACAGCUGUCGAGCUCGGAGGAUGAUUACGAACAACUGGCGAGGUCUGGUCGCUCAGCUCAGUUGGAGAUGUUGAGAUUGAGUUUGGAGAAGAACACAGAAGCACUACAAUCAGUGAAUCGAAAGGGAUAUUUUUCUGUGGUGGCUAAUGAACCCAGUGGUUCAUACAUCAGUGAGAAGUUCUCCUCCCGUACAACGAGCAGUGCUAAGGUUUCUCAAAAUGGGUAUUUGAUUCCACAUGUCAGAACACAUUCCGAUGUGGGGCUUUUCUCAUGUUCAUUGUGUUCUGCCGAGUUCAGUCAAAAAUGUUACUUGGAUACUCACAUAAUAACGCACACUGAUGAGAAUCAGUUAACGUGCCCGCUAUGUUUUGCAGAAUUCAUUCAAAAAAGUGAUUUGAAUAUACACCUGAGAACACACACUGGUGAGAGAUAUUUCUCAUGUUCAUUGUGUUCUGAUAAGUUCACAAAAAAAUGUUAUUUGCUUGAACACAUGAGUACACAUGCUGAUGAUAAGGUUUUUUUAUGUUCAUUGUGUUCUGCAAAGUUUAAUAAGAAGAGUGAUGUAAACAGACACAUGAGAACACACAAUAGCAAAAGGCAUGUGCCAUGUUCAUUAUGUCCCGCUAAGUUCUUUAAGCAGAAUCAAUUAGAUGCACACCUGCUUAGAAAACAUACUGAUAAGGAGCCUAUCUCAUGUUCAUUGUGCUCUUCUAAGUUCAAAAAAAAGUAUCUUCUUAACCUGCAUAUGAGGACACACACGGGUGAAAAGCCAUUCUCAUGUUCUUUAUGUAGUCUUAGGUUUGCUGCUAAGUGUAAUCUUCAGGCACAUAUGAGAACACAUACUGGUGAAAAGCCAUUUGCAUGUAAAAUGUGUCUGGAUAGGUUUGCUGCGAAGUGUACUUUGAAGAGGCACGCAAUGAAAGUACACUGUGAAGUGCCUCUUCAUGAAGCUAUGGGAAGCUGAUGAUUUCAUGGCUUGCUUUAGCGUUGCUGCAUGGGCAGAAAUAAAAUGGAUUUAUUGUAAUUUUAUGUUUGGAUUGAUUAAAAGUUAUUUAAUUAAAA